ACUCCUGCGCAGCCUUCGCUGAACAACAUACAAAGCGAUCAUGAGGCUCUUGAGAUCUUCCUUAAUCCUGGCCGUGGCUAUAAGCCUGGCCACGGCAGAGGAAAAGGCAGAAAAAGAUUCAAAGGCUGAACCAAAACAGGUUGAAGAAAACAAAAAACAGGACAAGAGAGGUCUCUCGGACUAUUACGGUGACCACGGCUUCGGGGGCAGCAACGGAUAUGGAGAACAUGGAGGAUUUGGCGGAGAUAUCGGAGGCUCGGAUGGUGGUUAUGGACAUGAACAUCAUGAGAAAACCAUCACAGUUAUCAAGAAUGUACCAGUACCCUACCCAGUGGAAAAACACAUUCCAUACCCCGUGGAAAAACGUGUGCCAGUACCAGUCAAAGUGCCAGUACCUCAACCCUACCCUGUCGUAAAAACUGUACACUUCCCCGUCAAGGAGUACAUCAAAGUGCCCGAGUACAUUUCCAAGCCUUACCCUGUGACAAAACACGUUGCAGUACCCGUCAAGGUACAUGUCGACAGACCUGUUCCUGUCAAGGUAUAUGAAAAUGUACCCUACCCAGUGGAGAAGCAUAUUCCCGUGCCCGUGAAAGUGCCAGUUCCACAUCCGUACCCAGUUGAAAAAGAGGUGCCAUUCCCGGUUAAGGUUCCAGUGAAAGUAAACGUACCAUACCCAGUUGAGAAGAUCAUCCGCUACCCUGUUCAUGUGCCCGUCGAUAACCCAGUGCCAGUCCACGUAGACAAGCCAUACCCCGUGCACGUCGAGAAGCCAGUGCCUUACCCAGUUGAGAAACAAGUACCUUACCCCGUUAAGGUUCAUGUUGACAACCCAGUACCCGUACACGUCGACAAACCAGUGCCUGUGCCAGUAAAGGUACAUGUACCUCACCCCUAUCCAGUUGAGAAGAUCAUCCCCUACCCCGUAGAGAAGAAAGUGCCAAUCCCCGUUAACGUCCUAGUCGACAGGCCUGUUCCAGUUCAUAUCGAGAAACACGUAGCCUACCCAGUUGAGAAGCACGUGCCAUACACCGUCAAAGUCCCAGUUCCAAUCAUCCACGAGGAGAAUCAUGAGAUCCAUGGAGGCGGUGGUAGCCAAGAAGGAGGCUACGAAGGUCACUAUGGCGGCUAUGAGGGUGGCCACGAAUACCAUCACUAGUAGAACUGAUCUCUUUUGUUUUUGUUAGCUUUUAAUGUUGAUUUGUGUUUAGACGUCGAUUA